UUGAACUAAAACAAUGGGGGCAUUUGAGAAGUUUGUGACACCUCACACAUUCCAAUGCUCACACUCCCCCAAACUCCCCUCUCUCUCUCUCUCUCUCUCUCUUUCUUUCUCUCUAAACCCCUCUCUUCUUUCCAUCCCCAUGUUUAAUGUUACUAUUACUAUUAUUAUUUUUAUUAUUAUUAUGUUCUAAUGUUGUGUUGUAGCACCCACUUUGUGGGCAAAGCAACUUUGUUUUGUUUUUGUUUUUUUUUUUUUAAGAAAAAAUAGAUAUCAACAGUCUUUUCCUGCUACCAACUAUUUUUCUCUUGUGUUGGUUGGCACAGCAGUUUUUGGGACAUGAAAGGACCCAUCUUUUCUUGUCCGAGAACAGACACUGAUGUCUGAUUUCUCACUUGCCUUGUUCAUGUUCAUGUUCAUGUUUAUGUUUCAAAUUCAUUGUUCUCUCUCCCUUUCUUUCUCAUCAAUCUUUUCACCGGUUUAGAUACAGAAUUUGGGUCUUAAUAGAGUGAGUUGUUGUUGCUCUCUUUAGAGAGAGAGGGGGAGAGAGAGAGAGAGAGAGAGAGGAAGAGGAAGAGGAAUAAAGAGAUAGAGAGAGAUGGGAUCAUUAGGAAUGGAGGAGGUGAAGAGGAGGAAGGCAAUGUGGCUGUACCCAAAGGUGGUGGGAUUCAACCCUCCUGAGAGAUGGGGGCACUCUGCUUGCUUCUGUGAUGGGGCUGUUUAUGUUUUUGGGGGUUGUUGUGGUGGAUUACACUAUAGUGACGUACUGGUUCUAAAUUUAGAAACAAUGGUUUGGGGCUCCCUCACUACUACGGGCCCGAGACCUGGAAACCGAGAUAGCCAUACUGCAACCAUAGUCGGGCACAAGAUGAUAGUAUUUGGAGGCACAAACGGUUCAAAGAAGGUUAACGACCUCCACGUAUUAGAUUUGCAAACGAAAGAAUGGACCAAACCUAAUUGCACAGGGACCCCACCUUGUCCGCGGGAAAGCCACACUGCGACGGUUGUAGGGGAUGACAAUUUGGUAAUCUUUGGAGGGAGCGGAGAGGGGGAAGCGAAUUACUUGAAUGAUGUUCAUGUACUAGAUGUGAAGAAUAUGACAUGGAGUUCUCCUGAAAUGAAGGGGGAAAUUCCCGCACCGAGAGAUAGUCAUACUGCGGUGGCUAUUGGAAAUAAGCUCUUUAUUUAUGGUGGCGAUUGUGGUGAGCGGUAUCACGGGGAAGUCGAUGUGCUCGAUACCCAAACUAUGGCAUGGUCGAGGUUCGCAGUGCAAGGAUCCUCCCCAGGGGUAAGAGCAGGCCAUGCAGCAGUGAGUUUUGGAUCAACGGUUUAUAUAAUUGGAGGAGUCGGAGAUAAACAGUACUACAGUGAUGUUUGGGUUCUUGAUGUGUUGACUCGAACUUGGACUCAACUCGAGAUUCGUGGUCAGCACCCUCAUGGACGUUUUUCACAUACUGCUGUAGUUACAAAUUCCGACAUAGCCAUAUAUGGAGGUUGUGGGGAGGACGAACGGCCUCUGAAUGAAUUACUCAUUCUGCAAUUAGGAUCUGAGCAUCCUAAUGGUCGAUACAAUAUUUCAAUGUGCAAAAUUUUCAGUAAUCAUUGGAGCCAAGAGAAGCGCAAAUUCUUGAGAACAGAAAAUAUGCAAAAAGAUACGGGGAUGAUGAAUGGAGAGCUCAAUCAAAGAACCCGUGAGCUUGAAAAGGAACCAAGGAACAACCUCCUACGUGGUUUAGAAAAUAUGCGUGAGAAACGGAGGAAAACAAAUGAUGCGAGAGUGUGGGAGAUCGAAUCCGAACAGGAGGAGCAUUCUCUUUCUCUUUCUCAACAUUCUUCCCCAUCACAAUCUGAUCAAGAGCAGAACACUGUUCAGAAACUGUCGAGGUCUCCUAAUGGCUCUAUCUCAGCUUCUCGACAAUUCAUUCCCCUCAAGUUGCAUCACCAGAAGCAACUGUCGAACGGCAUAAAAAGCGCUUCUCGGGAAACACUUUUCUUGGGCACGGAAUCUCCGAGGGUUGUUAAGACUGAGCAACUCCUUCGUGGUGUUCCCCAACCGAGGCAUGAAGUGCAGUUUCUCGCUGCAGAAAAUAAGCCGAAUUCGCUUCCUGCCACUCACCUAUUUAUGGGUGCUGAGGUUCGUGGAACUGUGGAUGGAGCUUUCGAUUCCGGAUACCUUAUGACUGCUGUUGUCAAUGGACAGAUAUUUAGGGGGGUCUUAUUUUCUCCUGGACCAGGUGUCGUAACUCCGAGACAGAUGAUAAAUUCUCAUGCCAAUCCAGUACAUGCUCGACCGCUGCCAAAGUCAGCCGCCUUCGAGUGCGGUCAUUAUGUCCGGCACGCUCAGCCGGUUCAAGUAGUUAAAGCAAAACAGGAAAGGCCUAAAAGCGAUCUUCAUGAUGUCGUUCUGACACUGGGAGGGCCCGGGGGAGGCAGCGCAUCCUAGAGAACUUAUAUCUAGAAAUAACAGAAAUCGUAGAUGAUUGAGGCUGCUGUUCUGUUUCAAAAGUCUUUGUAUUGUAAAUUUCUGAGUAUGAAAAAUAAGAAAUAUGUUUGCUUAGUUACAGUAGUUGUUUCCUAUUGGUGCAUUAUGGCAGGUUUUCUCUCAGGUUUCUUUCUUGGUUACACACUCAUCUUGAUUGCUGCUGAUGAUGCUUGAUAUUUUUUUUU